AUGACCGCGUCCAAGUUCGUGAACCGAUGUCCCGUGUGCUCACGCAAGUCCUGGCGGCUGCGUGAGCACCUGGACGAGAAGCACAAGGUUAGGAAUCCGGUGGAGCGUCGUGUCCUCCUGGCGUUCGCCAGGGGCCGGGUGAACGUCAAGGGGAUGCCGUGUCCGGUGCAGCGCUGCGGGUACGACGGCCGCCGUGUGCAGCAGCACCUGCAGGAGUCCCACCGCGACAUGGGUCAGCGGCAGAAGCGGCGUCUUCUGGCCGGCCUGCAGUGGCAGAAGACGCUGGAGAAGCUGCGGCAGCUGAGGCGCUCGGACCCCCACCCACCCAUGGCUACCGGGCUGGACCUGCCGGAGGCAGGCGACAGGGCCCCGGCAGAGGCGGAGGUUCGGCCAUCCCGCAGCUCACCUCCGCAACGCAGACCGGUGGUGGAGGAUGAGGAGGAAGAGCAGGACGACGAGGAGGACAUGCAGCUCCACCAUCGCCGGGACCACCCUUGCCUCCCAGCCCCGACGAGCCACGUUCCCCGGAGCGGGGGAACCAGCAGGACCAGCAGGACCCGCAGGAGGGCGGAUCCAGACGGCAGAGCCCGACCUCGACCACGCCUGCGGACCCCACAGAGCCCACCGAGCCCACCGAGCCCACAGAACCGGUGUCUGGAGGAGUGUCGCAGAUGGAUCCCGGAGCUUUUGCGCGACUCAUCGCGGAGGAGGCACGACGUGGUCCUGCGAUACCAGCUAUUCGGUUGCUUCGCGCUGUUGGUCGCUUCUCUGUACGGCCACAGAGCAGGCGUGGUCCGCAACAUGACAGCUGCUGAGGUACGAGAAGCCGAGGAUGGACACCGGCGCGACUCCUCCGGCUAUGUCAUUAACGUGAGACAACACAAGACGGCCAGGGCUUUCGGGAGCGCCCAGCUCUUCCUGACGCCGGAGGAGUUCGGAUGGCUAAAGAGCUGGAUGACCAUACGCAGCAAGCUGCGCCCCCAGACCGACCUGGUGUUUUUCAACUGCAACGGAGGACCGGUACACAAGCUGACCUCCUUCGCCCGGGACGCAUGGGCGAGGAUGCGCCUGCCUGGAUCCCCCUCCCUGACCGACAUACGCACCGCGGUAGCCACGAUGGCGAGGGACACCCAGUGCACGGAGGUCCGAAGGCAGAUGUCACACUUGAUGUGUCACGACACCAGAACCGCGGACCGUUUCUACGCGAUGCAGCUGAGUGUGACCCAGUUGGCCGCCAUGCGCAGGACCUUCGACGUGUCCAGGGGCGACGCUGAGCAGACUGUGGAUGAAUAAUGUGUGCUGGUUCAAUAAAGCCUCCUUAAACGAC